AUGCUCUGCACCACUUGCCAAAACAUCUCAUUUGCUCCCUUACAGCAGACUGGCGUUACUUUCCAAAAAGAAGCGACUGAAGAAAUACGAGCUGCGUACUCUAGCCAUCGAUUCUUCUUUCACGAUAAGCGUCGUUUAUUAGAAUGGGACGACUUUCGACCCGAAUGUCAGCUUUGCAAAUUAAUGACUGCUCGACUCCGUUGCAAUGUGAAUCGAUCGUCAGGUGAUGAAUUAUCUGCUGCUUUGGAUUUAACGGUCUUAGAUGGAAAAGAUUACUUAUUGUGGAACUCAAUCUUUAAGCGGACGCGAGUUAUAUUAACACAGAAAGGAGAAUUUUCAAAAUCAAGUGACGGUCGUAAUUUUGUGAAGAUUAACGACGGAACCAAUUGGUCGGGGUCUUUUAAUAUCCACUUUGGUGAUUUAUCGGUGGAGAUGGAUUUGAAUACACUUUUCGGCGAAUUACCUAGGGUCUUUUCCAAAUCUGCCUUUUUAAGCUUUCCAGCUCAGCGAUUUGAAGACGGUGCUGAUGGAUUCGAUGCAUCUUUGAAAUUGGCAAGUACUUGGAUGAUUGAUUGCUUUAACCACAAGCUUUGCCGAGAAACUAUAGGGACGCUCCCUACUCGUGUCAUAUAUAUCGACGAGAACCCCAGUAUUGCGCCGCGUCUUGUAGAACCAAAAGGACAGAUCGUUCCCUAUGCUACUUUGAGUUAUUGUUGGGGCAAAAAGGGUCAAUUGCAAUUAAAGAAAGCAAAUCAUCUUCAGUUUUUGAACGCUCUUCCUGUUCAAAUGCUUUCCAAGACGACUCAAGACGCCAUUAGAGUUACUCGAGCACUAUCAAUCAAAUAUCUCUGGGUAGAUGCUCUAUGUAUUAUCCAAGAUUCAGCCGAAGACAAAUCAAGAGAGCUCGCUGUAAUGGGAGACAUUUACUCUCGGUCCGUCAUUACAAUUGGUGCUGCCAAUGGCGACCAUGCAGAUGCAGGACUUUUUGCGAAGCGCGACCCACACCAGCAGCGACCCUCCCUCGUCUAUGAAAUAGAAGCCGAUGGUUCUAAUACUCAGAUAUUUGCACAACUUCCUCGAGACGACGAACAGGGCACGAUCCUGGACAGUCGUGGGUGGAUUUUCCAGGAAGAAGUGCUUUCAGCUCGGACUCUCAAGUUUUGUCCGGAUGGUCUUCGCUGGUCUUGUGUUACUUUAUGCGCCACAGAAACUACACCAAAUGGCAAUUCGCAUCCAUCCAAUAGGCUGGAUUAUAGGCUUAAAACUUGGCUUCAUUGUCCAGAAUGGAAGACACGGUGUCUUAAUACCUCGGAUCCGAAAAGACGAUAUUUUCAAGACUGGUAUGAAGCUGUAUCGUGCUUCACUGUUCGGAAUUUGACAUAUAACACAGACAAGCUACCUGCACUUGCUGGUAUUGCAACUCAAAUGCAUAAUAUUCAUAAAUAUGACUAUCUGGCUGGUCUAUGGAAGCAAGACCUAGAUUAUGGCUUGCUAUGGUAUGUCGCCUCUCAGCCCAAGAUAGGUAGUGGAAAGUAUGAAUUCCCGUCUUUAUUGGGCGAAGAAUACUAUACUGUUGUUCCGAAGAAAGGUAGAAACAUACCAAAGGCCGCCUCAUCUGUGGCAGAAGGGAUGAGUCAACUUUCGACAGGCAACAUUGAAACGCACACACCCUUCUUGAGGAAUGUGCCUAUUAGCUCCUCAGGAACAGCCCAAAGGCUGAAAGCGGCACUCCCUAAUCUUGAAAAACGAGACGAAUUCAAAGCUAAGUCGCCAUCAUGGUCAUGGGCCUCUCUGGAGCAUGAGAAGAUCAACUUUCUGUACAGUCACUCGGGAUUAAAACCAUCCGGAGGUCCGCUAAGCCACUGUCUCGAAGUUGACUGUUCGCCUUCAGAUAAAGGGAAUGUAUUUACACAAAUAUUGCCUGGCCAUAUGAUUCUGACAGGUCACUUGAAGCGAGCUCAAGUACAUUUUGAUGACUACGGCUACGAUACCCAGUACCUCGCACCCAACGUGUCUGCGGGUCGCUGGCCGGGAACUCUGGUACAACUGAAGGCCAACGCUUCUGGCGAAGGCGAGGUAAUUGGUUUCGUCGCGUUGGACUCGAACCCAGUAGCUAGCGGCCUAAGGGUACACAGUUUGGCUAUUUUAUUAAUGCGAGAAGAUGACAAAGAUUCUUCGAAUGUGAGCAUGGCAAAGAACGGUAAAUUAGGUUAUUAUAGUUCAAGUAAGGUUCCGUUGACGCUCGCUCGUCUGCGUAAUGGCAAUAUUUCAAUGAAUCGUGGAACCAAACGAUAUCUGACGGGUUUAGCGCUUCAGCAAGUGUUGGAUGUCAAUAACUUGGCCAUCUUCCGGAGGGUUGGAUUGUGUCAAUUGUACAGGGAAUUUUGGACGGAUGAGCUGAAGAAAGAUUUGAGCAAGCAAAAAAUGAAUCUUAUGGUUGUUUAG